AUAUUACAUAAAACGUCUUCUUAGGUUAUAAUUCGAGCUCUCUUGAAGCAAAAAGCUAUCCGCCGUCGACUCGAGCUUCGUUCGUCUCUCUGCAAAUAUGGCGACAGCGUAUCAACCAAUGAAACCAGGAAAGGCUGGUUUGGAAGAGCCACUCGAGCAGAUUCACAAGAUCAGGAUUACUCUCUCCUCCAAGAAUGUCAAGAACCUUGAGAAAGUGUGCACUGAUUUGGUUCGUGGAGCUAAGGACAAGAGACUUAGAGUCAAGGGACCAGUGAGAAUGCCCACUAAGGUUCUCAAGAUCACUACCCGAAAAGCUCCCUGUGGUGAAGGAACCAAUACAUGGGACAGAUUUGAACUUAGGGUGCACAAGCGAGUGAUUGAUCUCUUCAGCUCUCCUGAUGUGGUCAAGCAAAUCACAUCCAUCACCAUUGAACCUGGUGUUGAGGUUGAGGUCACCAUCGCCGACUCGUAGAUCGACUCUCUUACUUCUGUUUUUGCUCUUUCUCUUUUAAGAAACAAAUGUUUUGUUGUACUGAAACUCAAGUUCUUUUGUUUUCUUAAUUGAAUAGAUUUUGAAGAUUGAUAUUAUAAUUAUGUUCUCUACUCUCAUAUUAAUAGCCUUCAUGUUUUGUGAUGAUACAGUAUAUUACAACUUGUAAUCGUGUUUACUUGUGCUAAUUUCUAAAAUUUACUUAUACUAAGACAAAAUAGUAUGAC